AUGCCAAACCUCGUGGCUCGCGCCGCUGUCUCCGGUCGUAGGGCGUGGAGCGUGCGGCCUGUAACGACUCCUGGAGUCGUUGACAGAAAAGGAGUGUUUGCUCAGGGACCAGACACUUCCAAGGAAUUCUCCGCCGUGAGGCGUCGAGGUGACAACAGCGUGUCGACUCCGGGUGUUGACACGCACUCGAUAUCGAAAUCGAGAGGGUACUCCGCGGUGAGACGUCGAGGUGACAACGGUGUGUCAACUCCGGGAGUUGCGACACACUGCUCCGCCGUAAGGCGUAGACGUGACGACAAUGCAUCGACUCCUGGAGUCGAUGCGACAAGCUGUGUGGACGGUUGCAAACGCCCCCCAUUGAAGCUUGCGUGCUGUCGUGCAGCCGGACUGCACGAACGGGGAUGCGAUCAAGCCGGGCUUGAUGACGCGUGCCAGCGGGUACAAGAACCCGCUGUCGAUCGCCCGCAGACUGGAAUGUCUGCCGGUGGUAUCAACAAACAUUCGUCCAUGGCCGGGCCUGGACGAAACGCAAGUGAAUCCGGGAUUCACAAGAAGAAGCGACGGCGCAAGCAUAACACGCUGCGCAAGUCGAGCACAAGACGCUACACAAGUCUCGGUCCGGGACCGAGACUCCUCAUGACACAAAAGCCGACAGUGGCCGUCGAGACGUUGAACGUCUUGACGCGAGCCUGUGCAGGGUACCAUUACAAGAAGAUGGAGUUGAAGAACCUUCCGAUUGAUACGUCGGAGUUGACCUCGCUUCUAGUCAUGAGCUGGAAGCGCUUCGCAAAGGACCUGUACGAUGGACGCAUCGAACAGCUAUGCAUUCUUUCGGACCGCGAAAGAAUGACAAGCGAAUCAGAGGAGGUGAGACAACCCUUCGCUGGAAGCUCCACUGAGAGUGAAAAUACUCUCAGUGCCAAGACGAAGAAGGAACGCUUCGAGAAACAGAGUUGGGACUCACUGAAGUCGAGUCCCUAUUACGAGAUUCUGCGAGAGCACAGAGAUCACUGCGGAGCUUCGCAGGACAAGGGAAUACAGCACGAGAUUGAUCUCGUGCCGGGGAGGAAGUAUUGCGUGACGCGGCAGUGGCCACUGCCGCGGGAGCAAGUGAAGGCGAUCGCCGACUUCUUCGAAAGUCGUCGCAAAUCAAGACAAGUGCGGGAAUCAAAGUCCCCGCACCGGCCACCAACGGUCUGUGUCAAGAAACCACAGGGUGGUUGGCGCAUCGUUCACUCGUACAAUAAGCUGAAGGAUGCGACGAUACCGACACAGACGCCGAUAUCUCGAAAAGAUGUCAUCUUCGAUGCGAUGUCCAAGAGCACCAUCUACAUUGCUCUUGAUCUGAGAGACGGAUUCUAUCAGCUCCUGAUGCGUGAGAGCGAUAUCCCGCUUACGGCGGUAAGCACUCCAAGAGGUAUGCUUUGGGAGUUGCUAGUUAUGCCGCAAGGACUGAAGAACGCCCCUGCGACCUUCAAUAGAUGCGCGACUUCGAACCGAGCUAUUUCGACGCUGUGUAUAUAA